AUGACCGAGGUCGGGGAAGACCAGACUCGUUUCCAACACCACCCGCGGUUCAACAACAUUGGGUUUUCAGGUGGAUCUGGGAAACCUGGAAAACCUGGAACUUCUGGUUCUGGUGGAAUUCCUGGGAUGCCGGACAAUCUGCCACCAGGAAUGCCAAGACCACCAUCACAAGGUGGAUCUGGAAAGCCAGGAGGAGGUGGGAAGCCAGCACCAUCGCACCCAGAAGAAGAUGACCAAUCAAGUGCUUCGGAUUAUACUGACAGUCAAGAUUCAUCUUCUGGUAGACUUUUGAGGCUGGUGGAAACGGACCGGGAGGCUCGGGAGGAUCUGGAGGCUUGCCGCCUGGAUUUGCAGAAAUGUUUGGAACACCCCCUCCCGGAGUUAAUAUGCCCACAGGUCGCGGAAAACCAGACUCGUUUCCAACACCACCCUCGGUUCAACAACAUUGGGUUUUCAGGUGGAUCUGGGAAACCUGGAAAACCUGGAACUUCUGGUUCUGGUGGAAUUCCUGGGAUGCCGGACAAUCUGCCACCAGGAAUGCCAAGACCACCAUCACAAGGUGGAUCUGGAAAGCCAGGAGGAGGUGGGAAGCCAGCACCAUCGGGUGGAGGUGGAAGUGAAAGUGAACCUUUACCUCCAAGCCUUUUGGCCUUGUUAGAUCCAGAAGGAGAUGACCAAUCAAGUGCUUCGGAUGAUACUGACAGUCAAGAUUCAUCUGCUGGUAGGCUGAACCCGAGUAUCGUUUCUACCAUCUUUGGGGAGGCCAGUUCAAAACAGAUGGUACCAAUAUCCAUUGAGAACAAUCGAUUGAAAGCCCCUCCCUCCCGAAUCUACUCACGCCGAAUCGACCACAAGUUUUAUUGUGAUGAUGAAGACAUUCUUGUUACCAUGCUCCUAAACACGACUAGAGUCCACCUUCGCCUGGCCCUCCGAGCCCUCCUAGACCUCCUAGACCUCCGAACGGCGGACCUAAACGUCUUUACAACGCAGGAACACCCCCUCCCGGAGUCAAUAUGCCCACAGGUGGAAGCGGACCGGGAGGCUCGGGAGGAUCUGGAGGAUCUGGAGGCUUGCCGCCUGGAUUUGCAGAAAUGUUUGGAACACCCCCUCCCGGAGUUAAUAUGCCCACAGGUCGUGGAAAACCAGACUCGUUUCCAACACCACCCCCGA